GCAUAAAAUUGAAAUUUGGACAAUUAUUAUUAGUCAAAUAUGAUUUUGUAAACUUUUUGUAUUGUCAUUAAUCCUUUUAAUUUAAUUAUUUUGAUUUAAAAACAAAUAUUUUCCACAACAUUAAUUUCCAAUCGUUUCUUCAACCAAACUUACUUUCGGAAGACUUCCUAUUGGAAAUGGACGGUCAGCUGUUUUUGACACAACGAUUUGUUUAUAAAAUAGUCAACAAACUAUUUGCAAGCUAAUUUUUCGCACAAAUAUUUUAACUAAAAAUGCUGCAAACACCAGCUGUGAAAUUCGUCAAUCCACGUUAUGGACAACUGAUUAUUGGCCCACCUGGUUCUGGUAAAACGACAUAUUGUCAUCACGCUUACAACUUCUAUAAAGAGCUUGGACGUGAUGUCGGCGUUGUGAAUCUCGAUCCAGCGAAUGAGAAUAUGGAAUAUAAACCAAUAAUCGAUGUCAUGCAACUUAUCACAGUGGAGGAUGUUAUGGACCAAUAUCAUCUGGGGCCAAAUGGUUCACUAAUGUACUGUGCAGAGUUUUUGGAAGCACAUCUCGAAGAUUGGUUUUUGCCAGAGUUGCGCAAAGCAGCUGCAACAUGUAAUUAUUUUCUAUUCGACUGCCCGGGACAAGUCGAGUUAUACACACAUCACACAGCUAUGGCUAGCAUCUUCGAGCGUCUGCAAAAGGAAGGCUACCAUUUGGUUACGGUAAAUCUUAUCGACUCACAUUAUUGUUCGGAGCCCACAAAAUUCGUUUCAACACUGCUGCUUGCCUUAAACAUGAUGCUGCGUAUGGGUUUACCGCAUGUGAAUGUGCUCUCCAAAGCAGAUCUCCUGCGUAAACAUGAAUCAAAACUGCAAUUCAAUUUAGAUUACUACACAGAUGUGUUGGAUUUGAAGUAUUUAUUGGAAUCACUUGAUGACACGCCAACAAUGAAGAAAUAUCGCAAAUUGAACGAAGCAAUCUGUUCGAUGGUGGAGGAUUACGCAUUGGUCUCCUUUCAACUGCUCAAUGCGCGCAGCACAGCGAGUAUGCUGCGUUUACGGAAUCACAUCGAUAAGGCUAAUGGUUAUAUAUAUAAAGCGGGUGAAGAGACGGCGGUUAAUUCUUUGAUGGCAUGUGCAGUUGGCGCAGAGGCAGAGUCGAUGCGGCAAGCGCAUGAUAUUGAUCCGUAUGUUACAUGAGGUGGAAGUGAUGUUCAAAAUCACAAUAAAAUAAUAAUAUAAAUAUA